GGCGUCGUAUAUCUGAAAAAAUAAGUGUAGUUUCCCAUUUGUUUUGAGGUGUGAAGGUUUCUUUGGCACCACGAGUGGCCAGCAAGGUUACAAAAUAGCAUAUCGUACGGCUUCGUAUGAAUCCAAAACAUAGGGAAACCACAGAAGGCGGGAUCGAAGCCGCAAGUGUUGCUGGGUCCAGAAUCGCACAUUCUAGUACUGAACCUGAGGGUGGAGACAGAAUGAAGCGAACAGCAGCCAAACAGCUGAUUGAGCAGUACUACUAUCAGCUGACCGAUGGGUGCGGAAACAAGAGCUGUAACAACGAUGCCUGUGCUUCGUGCUCAUCUUUCAUCUUCAAGGACAUCGACCGAAACAAGCUGGCAGUCCAUGCAAUUGAACUCUUUAAGAAAAAGGCCACGCUGUGUGAAAAUCAGGCCAAGCGGUUUGCUAAGUUCCCGUUACAGCAGUCGGAGCAGUCGUCAUGGGGAGAUGGUUCUCUCGGCACGUCCGCAGCUGCAUCUACUUCAUCAGCAAACAACAGCAACAAUGACACCAUUGCAAGUCAUUCUAAGGAUCAUACCAAGAUUCAAUUUCUGACUGAAGACAAAGUUAAAGACAUCAUCGUGAAAUGCAAUGAAGAAGGAAGCUGGUCCCAGUUAAUCCGAGUGAUUGGUGCUGUCUUUAACAACCCAGAGUCGCUGAGUCGCAGCUUUUUGAAAACUGUAGACAAAUCUUCCAAAGAAGUUAUACGAUCGACUGAAACGGAAAAAGAAAUAGACACCGAAGAAGAAGACCAAACAAAGACCCGAAGACCUUUACAAGGCAGGGCAAUAUCAGCUGUGAUAAUCCAGAAUUCAGAUUCGGGCUCUACUAGUAGCUGUGAGAUAAACGACCAGUUGACAAUUGAUUUGGAUUCUUUACGGCGAACGUACUCUGCACUCAUGGAUAUUCCUGACCAUCCAUUUCAAGGAGCAUUGAUCAAUGCUUUGUUAUCACUGUCAAGAACUGUCGAAAUCGACUUGAAGUAUCGUCAGGCGUGGGAGAGAGAUUCCAAUUAUAUAAAUAUAUUUAUAAUAGUGCUAGAAAUCCCUCUCCUACAUAGCCCAGAGUUUAUCGAAAGUGCGUUCCCCGUGUUCUGCCGAGCCUUAGGACAUGUAUGCAUAGCCGGCCAGGCAAAACUGGCUCGGAUCUGGUCGAAAUUUGGAAUGGACCGACUCAGGAGCUUGUUGCAGAGUCUGCAACAGCUGAUUACAGUUAAGGUGAUCAAUGGGGAGGGGAGGUGGGGCCAGACCUACCAGCCGAAUGACGACGAAGGAAUAGCUGGGGCAACGAAAGUGAUGAAAAUUGUGUAUUAUGCAAGUAUUUACGGAGGAGAGUAUGACCCUCCUGAAGUCUUGGCUGAUGAGAAGCUGAUUGAUGCAUCGGUCAGUGAGUCCAUGCACGAGCUACUUCAGGGAGCUGUGGGAUUCGAACCCAAAGAACCACAGGAACAGAAGGAAGACCCUCUCGCCAAGGCAUUGGGCGUGUGUGCAUUGAACUGUCGAAAACCGCUGGUUCCGUACGAAGAGUUUAUUAACGAACCUCUCAAUGACAAUAUCGACAUCAGCACAGAUUAUGCACAUUACAGGACGGACGGGAAGUUUUCGUUUAUUCCAAACAGUUUCAUUCUGAUGACAGCAUCUAAGUACACUAGUAUGUAUUUUGACAAUAGGAUUCGCAUGUUAAACGAGCGCCGCACGUCGCUGCUACAGACAAUUGUCCAUGGCGGCCCCGCGAUGCCGUAUCUGAGAGUUCGGGUGAGGAGAGAUCAUAUCAUUGACGAUGCCUUGGUGGCUCUUGAAAUGGUUGCCAUGGAAAACCCCCAGGACCUGAAGAAACAGCUGUUCAUUGAGUUUGAUGGAGAACAAGGGCUGGAUGAAGGGGGCGUGUCCAAGGAGUUUUUUGAGUUGGUUGUAGAUGAACUAUUCAAUCCAGAUAUAGGUAUGUUCACGUACAACAGUGUGACGUGUCAGUUCUGGUUCAACCCGACGUCGUUUGAGAAUGAUGGCCAGUUUACGUUGAUUGGCAUCAUACUCGGCCUGGCCAUCUACAACAGCUGUAUCCUUGACAUUCAUUUCCCCAUGGUCGUCUACUACAAACUGAUGGGCAAGAAAGGAACAUUCAGAGAUCUCUAUGAUGUAGACCCAAUGUUGACAAGUUCCUUGAACCAGAUACUGGAAUACGAGGGCGAUGAUUUUGAGGAGGUUUUCAUGCAGACGUUUAGAAUAGGACACUGUGACGUGUUCGGAACAUUCCUCACACACGAUCUGAAAGAAAACGGAGAUAAAAUACCAGUUACACAAGACAACAAACAUGAAUUUGUGAACUUGUAUGCCGACUAUCUACUGAACAAGAGCAUUGAGCGACAGUUCCGUGCCUUCCACCGGGGGUUCAUGAUGGUGACCAACGAAAGUCCUUUCAAACUUCUCUUCAGGCCGGAAGAGAUUGAGUUGCUUGUGUGUGGCUGCAAGUCUCUGGAUUUUGAAGCCUUGGAGGAAGCCACAGAGUAUGAUGGGGGGUUUACAGCUUCAUCAUCUACAGUCAGAAACUUUUGGUUGGUGGUUCAUGGGUUUGAUGACGACAACAAACGGAAGUUGCUGCAGUUUACGACCGGCACUGACCGAGUUCCAGUCGGAGGUCUCUCCAAACUCAAACUGAUCAUCGCCAGGAACGGACCGGACUCUGAUCGAUUGCCGACUUCACAUACCUGCUUCAACGUACUGCUUCUACCGGACUAUUCCUGCAAAGACAAACUGGAGGAGCGUCUCCUGAAAGCCAUCACCUAUGCCAAGGGAUUUGGGAUGCUGUAGAACACAGACCGACCCAGUUCUCUCUUCUUACAGAGACCCCUACACACCUCCUGAGUGUGGGUCUGUCAUGGACGGAUGAUUUAUUGGAGACUAGUGUGAUUCUCAGUUUAUUCGCGUUCACAGUGCAGUGUGCCAAUAGUGAUAGAACAGAACAGUAGUCUAUUCAUAGUAUGAGCAAAUCAGUAAGAGUGAGUGAAAACGGAGUAUUCUUGUUUUUAUUAUCCUUAUUAAAAUCUAUUAUUUUCUGUAAUCUGACUGAAUCUUAGAAAAAUGCUUAAUUCACUAGGAAUAUUUUGUGUUCUUUUUACCAGUGGUUUUGUUUUGUUCUGUUCUGUUUUGUUUUUUUCAAUUUGUCUUGGGGGGGGGGGGGGGGGGGUUCAGUAUUUUUUACUCCCAGUAUAUUAAAAAGUAAUGUUAAGAAUAAUAAACCGACUGACCAACUAGUAACCUGGUAAAUUUUAUUUAAAAAAAAAUUUCUUCAGAUUUCCUUUGUUUAACUGUUAAAGAUACUGUACUGGAUUUUCUCCCAUCCCUAGCUAUCCAAGACACACAUUUGAUGAUGCUAGGCCAUACAGAAUAAAUCUGUCUUUUAUGACAUCAUUGCAUUUAACAUGGGAAGUAUUACGUCGUUGGUAAUAUAUGACGUUAUUAUUAAUGGAAGUUGGUUAGUUUUAGAUCAAUCUUUGUUAUUAAGACCUUCAUUAUAAAAGCUGUCUGGUUAAUUUGUAGUGUUAAUUUUUAUUUUAACACAUGAAACAGACGCGGAAAAUAUGAUAAUGUAGUUUGUUUAUGAUAAAAUGGUCAAAUAAAGAAGUUACUUUUUCA